AUGACGAGCAGCCGCGACCGUCGAAUAGCCAAGGAGCUGGCUGACAUCCAGGCCGACAGGGACAACUCUGGCGUGUAUGCGAUGCCCAUCGACGGCGCCAACCUGAGCCAUCUCAAGGGCACCAUUCCCGCGCCCCCCGAGACUCCCUACGCGGGGGGCGUCUACCGAAUCGACAUCCAGAUCCCCGACACCUACCCCUUCAAGUCCCCCAUCAUGCGCUUCGAGACCCAGAUCUGGCAUCCAAACGUCAGCAGUCAGACUGGCGCCAUUUGUCUCGACACCCUAGGCAGCGGCUGGUCCCCCGUCCAGACCAUCAAGACGGCCCUGCUCUCCCUCCGCAUGCUCCUCGAGUCCCCCAACCCUAAGGACCCCCAAGAUGCCGAAGUCGCCAGCAUGCUCACCGAGAACCCAGAACGCUUCGCCAUUGUCGCUCGAGACUGGGCCGUCCGCCACGCCGGCGCCACCAAGCAAGACGUCGACCUGAACAAGUGGAUGAAGAAGAACCUCAAAGAGGCCGCCCCAAACUCCGAUGAUGCCAACCGGUACAAGGGCUAUAACAAGGACCUGGUUGAUCGCUUUGUCAACAUGGGCUUCGAUGUCGGCUCUGUCGUUGACGCAUUCGUCUACGUCGGCAUUGACCGUAACAACGGACAAGACUACGAGCUUGAAGAAGCGUACAUGGGCGACAUUACCGCUCGGCUCCUUGGCGAGCAAUAA